AUGUUCAUUUUCCUCUUUCGUCCAUUGCCCUCUUUCGCCAUUGCUGCUUACAUUGUAGCAUAUGCCAAAGAAAUCGGACGUGGCACGUGGAUUGCUACGAAAGGUUGUCGAGGUGUUGAUUCUGCUGCACUCGUAGCGCCCCGCGGAGAUGCUGCUUGGACGUCGGGAUUUGAUAGCAACGCACCAGAGUGCCCAGAACGCAGUCGAGUUUGUCUGUAUAACAGUCGUGGGAGGCAUGAAGACUAGGAAUCAUGUGGAGAACAUUACGCCCAGCCAUUGCCAGAUACCGCUAUGAAAACGUGCGUGCCUUUGCACAUGUGGGACACUCGCAACCUCAUGAAGUUAGGUUGUGUCCUUGUUUACUCUCUCUAGCUUCAUUCAAGCCACGUCAAUUCAGGUCCACGCCGGAAUCCCUAACAGAGAUUGGAGCUUUGAUGAAAAACAUUGAUAUCGACAAACUAGCAAAAAAACCACCGUGGUAGAAGACGUCGCGCGCUCCGCCCCAAAAACCAUCUCGAACUUGGAGGUACUUGCCUCCUACAGCCUAUCUCAAAAAAAGGUUUCGUACAGAUCCCUGGUACGUCUUGGUCUUUAGCGCCAUUUGAAGUAACUAACACAUAUUGCUUCAGGCUCUCCUCUCCGCCCGAUGA